AUGCGAGGAAGACAUGACUUUGUCAAGGCCUUUCAUGCCAACUUUGGAGAAACACUCAACAACCACCCUGCCAGCAAGGAAGCCCGCUCGGCCCAAUUCAAAACUUACGUGCAGAGUCAUCGUCUUCGCCUCCGCCAACGUGGUAUCAGCAGUCUCCAUCCUCGCCAUCAACAUCAUUAUCGUCUUCAGGAUAAUUCCGACAUGUCUCUGGACGAGAGCGAAGUCCACGACGACGAAUACGACGACAACGGAUACAGUGAUAGUGAGGCGAGGGAUCAUGUGCUCGACCUCGACCCGGAACAAUACCGCAACUACAUGUGGGAGCUUGAGCAGCGCCUGUUGGAGAGGACCGAGUCUGCAGCCAAGAGCCGAUCGUCGUUUUUGAUGGAGCGUCGGUUGUCGGCGGGGGAGAGAUUGCACCAUGUCCAGAGGGUUGUCCAACAGCAGCGCGCAGAGCAAGAGUUGAGGCAGCACCGGGCCCGUGAUAAGCUCGAGCAAAAGAUGGUCCGCGCCAUGGCCCGCAGGAACGCCUAUCUGGAGGCCGCAAUCGAAAAUGAUCCCUCCCGGAGAUUCCGCCGCAGGGAGGCCCCCUCUCAAACAUCUUCUUCGUCGUUGGCAGCGACCUCGUCCUCCAAUAAGACCAAGGCUGCCAGGGCUGGAUCGACUACUGCUCCUAUUGCGACAACCUCAGGCGCUACGACAGUCUCUUCUGCUCCCUCGACUGGUAGUUUGACCACUGCUCCCAAAAGGGGCACACCUUCCUCCUCCUCCUUCCAGGGAGUGUCUUCAUCGAUGGACUCGGUCAAGUCAUCCAAGGACAAGGAGAACAAGGACAAGGAGAACAACAGCAACAACAGCAACAACAACAACAAUGACAACAAUAACAAGUAUACAUCAGAGAUACGAGGGGAUGAAGACGGGCUACACAGACAAGGACAAGGACUAGGUUCUCCUAAAAAUAGCCCCUUCAACAUGACCCAAAGCAUGAAGGCCCACUUGACCAACAUGACCUAUGUGUCGUCCAUGUCUUCCUCGCCUUCCUUAUCGUCGUCGUCGUCGCCUGUGACCAUGUCGCCAUCUUCUGUUGAAAAUGUGGAGAGAGGCGGGGGAACAGGAGGAACAGGAGCAACACGAGCAAAAUUUCAGGACAUUAGCAAGGAGGUUAGAGUUUCUAGUGCGACAGAUAUCGGGGGAAAGGCAAGACUUGAGAGGAUGACCCUAUGGGCGCAACGGAGGAUUCGUCAACGAUUGGUGGAGAAGGCGUCGCGUGAGUACAUGCGUGCUAUCGGGGGAUCACACCAACGCGUCCUCGGACUGAAGUUUGAGGAGUUGGCGCGGCUGUUGCAUACGAACAAAGGGCUGAUCCAGGCGACGGUCAAGCUAUUGAGAUACUCGUCCCAGUUGGCGCAGAUGUACAAGUCUGUCGAGCAACAACAACAACAACAACAGCAACAACAGGAGGGGAUCAAGAAGAACCCUGCGCGGGUGUUCCUAAGCAUGUAUAUGGUCCUGGCGCACCCUUCCCAGAUCCGGUCCCCGUCUGAGGUAAUGUUCUAG